CGCGGGGGGAGGUGGCAUGGCAGCCAUCGCGUAGUCUGCCAAUUCGAGAAGAUAAGCAACAUGGUCAAGAACGUCCGCAUCACCUACCGCCGCCGUCACUCGUACGCGACCAAGUCCAACCGUAUUGUGCCGGUCAAGACCCCCGGUGGUAAGCUUGUCGCCCACUACGUCAAGAAGCACUCGCACGGCCCCAAGUGCGGUGACUGCAAGCAAGCGCUCAAGGGCAUCAAGCACUUCGCGUCCAAGGCGUACAAGAACAUUGCCAAGUCGGAAAAGACUGUGUCUCGUGCUUACGGUGGCUCCCGCUGUGCUGGCUGCGUGCGCCAACGCAUCGUGCGCGCGUUCCUCAUCGAAGAGCAGAAGAUCGUGAAGAAGGUCUUGUUGGAAAAGUUGUCCAAGAAGAAGGCGGAAAAGACUGCUUAAUUCUGCACCCUCGGAUGACUUUUGUGGUGGGCCUGCGCUAGUUUCACCUGAUGAUGAUAAAGCACAUAUCUUCUUGCGAGUGGCAAAGCACUUACCCUCCAUCCGCUCGUCAAUCUAUCGCGUCCUUGGA